AUGUUUUGGUCAAACGAGAAUGACGUGUUCUUGUGCCGAGAAAUGGUAAAUUUAAACCCUUUUACGUUCAAAAAAGGAUCCACUCAAAGAAGAGAGAUUUGGGAGAAAAUAGCUCAAAUUUUAAACGAAUGUACCGUACUGAGAUUCAGCGUUGAUAAGAGAUCGGUUCGCGACCACAUGGGGAUUCUCCUCAACAAGCAUAAAAGAAAAGUCAGAGCCGAGGAGAAGGCAUCCGGUAUAGCGCCCGACGAGCCAAGCGAACUGGAAAACCUUUUGGACACUAUCAUCGCUUUAGAAGAAAGUUCAGAGGCAGAAUCACAGGAAUUAAGAGCAGAGAGAAAUGAAAAUGUGAAAACGACCGAGCAAAGGCAGAAGAUGCGAGAUUAA